AUGUCAUCUACACCAAGAAGGGGACAAAAGUCUGCCAAAAGCGAAAAACAAACACAAGGUUCAGCGCUACAUCAGUCCAUAGGUUUUUUUGCACUAAUAUCACGGCUCCAUUUACAUCGCGUCUCCCGAAAUCCAUUUUGCCAUUGUUGCUCAGUUGCUGUUAAGGGAAUUUUAACAGUACAAUGUAUUUUUCAGCUCACGUUUGAGGGCAUAAUUGGAACUGGUACCCAGGGAGAUAUUUCCUUGGAUGACGUGUCCGUGUCUGAUAAGUGUAAUGUAACCACUUGUCCAGUAAUUCCAAUCUUACAAAAUGGUACUAUUACAUGUUCUGCUGGAAACUCAGUUGGAAGUCAUUGUAACUUAACAUGCGCACCAGGAUACACUCGUAUUGGUUCUGAUACAAGAACGUGCUUAGCAUCAGGAGUCUGGACCGGGAGGUUGACUUACUGUGCCAAAAUUGAGGUUCGCCUUGCAGGAGGAAAUACAUCCAGGCAAGGAAGAGUUGAAAUAGCAGUGAAUGGGAUGUGGGGAACAGUUUGUGACGAUAAAUGGGAUUUAAACAGCGCCAAAGUCAUUUGCCACAUGCUGGGUCUUCCUCAAGCACACGCAGCCCCCGGAGACUCGGGCUUUGGUCCGGGAACUGGGACGAUUUGGUUAGACGAAGUUAAAUGUACUGGAAAUGAGAAAUCAAUCCUCGAUUGUUAUCACCAAGGACUGGGUGCUUCGAGUCAGUGUCAGCACCAUGAAGACGCUGGAGUGAUCUGUGGAAACAUUACUUCUUUUGAAGUUCGAUUGGUGGAUGGCAGGUCAUCGAAUGAAGGCCGAGUGGAAGUGUCCGUUAAUGGAGUCUGGGGAACGGUAUGCGAUGAUUACUGGAGCACUGAAAAUGCAAACGUCGUGUGUAAUAUGCUAGGCUUUCCCCGGGCUACAUCAGCCCCUGGGGGUGAAUCGUUUGGGAGUGGUUCAGGUCCGAUAUGGCUGGAUGAUGUGAAAUGUAUUGGGAACGAGAGUUCACUAUUUCUUUGUCAAAGAGCGGAUCUAGGAGUGAAGGAUUGUGCCCAUUUAGAGGACUCCGGCGUUGUUUGUGGUCCACCAUUAGUCACAGAAAGGAAUGUCGCUCUUCACAUGCCCAUUAACCAAUCAGAACCUGCCGCACGUGGUCACGUGUCGCUUUCAGUAGAUGGACUCUUCAGUACUUGCACAACUUUCCAUACGGCAGCCAAUCUAUGGUUUCAAGUGGAUUUAACGAAAGAUUAUCACAUACACACUGUACACAUUUUUCUCGGGCUUGAUUGUUGCCUUAACGCUGACUUCGAAAUCAAGACAGAAAACACAAGAAAUCUUCCGAAUCGUCCGUGUAUUGAGCCCAGUCCUUCUCCAAGAAAACCCUUUCUUGUGUUUCGCUGCACUCCCCCAGUCACUGGUCGUUACGUGACAGUUAGCGUGACAACAGAAGGCGAUACGCUGGUGUUGUGUGAAGUAGCUGUUUACGCACUAGAAACUUUGAGACAGUCUUUAGGAGUUCUCAGAGAAGUCUGGUUUAAGGGAAUUAGUACUCAGGAUGAUCCUAUUCUGAAGUACCAUCCAGUUUUUCGAGAAGCCGCAAACACGCUAUCCAUACUAGACGCUUUCGACAUCGCUCCAGAUUAUUCAACUCCAUAUGUACAGCGGUUGUCUACAUUUAUUCAGCCUGCAGUAAGUGGUUGGUACACAUUCUUUAUGACGUGUGAAGAUGAAUGUGAACUGUGGAUAAACGAAGCAAACGAACCAAUACUGAACGAUGAAAGUGAAAUGGAUCAGGAAGGAGAACUUACUACAAAAUUACCAACAAGAACAGGACGUCUGAAGUGGGACGAGUAA